AUGGCUGCGAUAAGAUUCGAGGGUGUGACGCGAAGGCACGCUGUCUUUGAUCCUGCCAACGCUCCACAUGUCACAGUCAUCCGGCCGAUCAAAGGACUGGAGCCCCGCCUUUACGACUGCCUAGCAUCGACAUUUCGCCAAGACUACCCAAACGACAAGUUACACAUCCGCUUCUGCGUUUCAGAUCGCAGCGAUCACUCGGUCCCAAUUGUUCGACAGCUGCUGGCAGACUUCCCGAAUCACGAUGCAGAAUUGCUGCUGGAAGAAGACGAUGAGGUGCUCAAAGCCAACUCCGACCAUCUCGGCCCAAAUCCCAAGAUCCGUAAUAUGAGCCGCGCAUACCGUGAGGCCACUGGAGACGUCAUCUGGAUUAUCGACUGCAAUGUCUGGGUGGCAAAGGGUGUCUGCGGUAGAAUGGUGGCGAAGCUCGAAGGGAGAGGAGAGACCAGACGCAACAAAUUUGUCCAUUUGACGCCGCUCACGCUGGACAUCUCGCAUGAGCGGACUGCAUGGACCGUGGGAGGCGGCAGGCUGGAAGAAGCAUUCAUGGCUUCGGCUCAUGCCAAAUUCUACACUGCUAUCAAUACUGUGCUCUUCGCUCCGUGUAUCGUAGGCAAGAGUACCAUGUUCAGGCGCAGCCAUCUCGAUAGUCUUACUCACAACGAGGGUAUCGAUUACUUCAGUGAGAACAUUUGCGAAGAUCAUCUUAUUGGUGACCUGCUCUGGAAGCAAAAGGUUCCAGAAGAAUCACAAGGCGAAAAGCUGGGGAAGCAUGCCUGUUGCUUCGGCGAUUUUGCCAUCCAGCCCAUGGCAAAUAUGAGCGUCGGCGAGUUCUGGAGUCGCCGCGUGCGAUGGCUGCGAGUGCGCAAGUUCACGGUCACUUUGGCCACACUAGUCGAGCCCGGUACUGAAUGCUUUCUGUGCUCGCUUUAUGGUGCCUUCGCUGUCACGACUCUGCCGUUCUUCCACGACACACUUGCCGUUCCUCAGACAUGGACCGCCUUUUUUCUCUUCUGGCUUACAAGUGUGACCAUAUGGUGCGCGAUGGAUCGAACACUGUAUCUGAAGCUACACUCCGGGGCAUCGAUCGAAGUUGACAAAGACACCCCAUUCUUUGCCACGCCACCGAAGGCUUCGAGUCAAAGGACCUUUGGCGAGUGGCUGUUCGCUUGGCUCGGACGAGAGACUUUGACACUGCCAAUCUGGCUGUGGGCAUUCUAUGGAGGCACGAAAGUUGCAUGGAGAGGAAAGAAGUUCCGUGUUGGCAUGGACAUGAAAGUGCACGAGAUCACGAGUGGAAAAGAGGCCAUGGUGACAAAUCAUACCAAUGGAAAGGCUCGCAAGGACUGA